AUGAUAUUCGAUACACAAGAUGAAGCUUACCAGUAUUACUCAAGAUAUGCUCAACAAAUGGGAUUUGCUGUGGCAAGAACAAACUCGAGAAAGGGAAAAGAUGGAAAUGUGAGACAUGUAUGUUUUGAAUGCAAUCGUGGUGGAAAGGCGAAGGUGAAAACAAGCAAUCCAGUCAAACCACGACCACAAACAAAAUGUGGUUGUCGAGCUCAGCUUAAUUUGUCUACAAGCCCGGAUGGAAAGUGGAAGAUAAAUCGGGUUGCGUUGGAGCACAAUCAUGAAAAUUGCCCGGGAAAGGCCAGAAAGCUCCUACUGAAUGAUAAAGCUGGGAUUAAAGCGUACAAGACUUAUAACUCACUUCAGAUUGAAGCAGGGGGACCUGAGAACCUUCCAUAUCUUCCCAAAGACUACCGAAAUUAUGUGGAUAGCGAGCAACAUAAAUUACUUGUUGAAGGAGAUGCUGAGGCAAUGCAUAGCUAUUUCAUGAAGAUGAAAACUGACAAUUCUGACUUCUUUUUUGCCAUGGAUUUGGAUGAUAAGGGUCGACUAGUGAAUGUAUUUUGGGCUGAUGCAAGGAGUAGGGCAGCUUGUAAGGAGUUUGGGGAUAUUGUGACGUUUGACACAACGUACUUGGCAAACAAGUAUGACAUGCCUUUUGCUCCAUUUGUAGGUGUGAACCAUCACGGUCAGUCGAUUUUAUUAGGAUGUGGUCUCAUCUCUCAUGAAGACACCAAGUCAUUCUCGUGGUUAUUUAAGACUUGGAUGACAUGCAUGUGGGAAUGUGCUCCCAAAGCAAUUAUUAUCGAUCAAUGUAUGUCCAUGAAGAAUGCGAUAGAAGAAAUAUUUCCUAACACUCGACACCGGUGGUGCAUAUGGCAUAUCUUGAAAAAGGUGCCAGAAAAGUUGGGAAAGUACGACGCGUAUAAAUCAAUUUCAACUUCUUUACACAAUGCAGUUUAUGAUUCACUGACAAUAGAAGAAUUUGAGGAUGCUUGGGAUGUGUUCAUCAAAAAGUACCAACUCCAAGAUAAUGAAUGGUUACAUGGGUUGUACUUAGAGAGGAAUCGAUGGGUGCUGGCUUUUGUGAAAGAUGUAUUUUGGACGAAAAUGUCAUCCACACAAAGAAGUGAGAAUAUGAAUUCAUAUUUUGAUGGUUACAUCAACUCAAAGACGACCUUGAAACAAUUUGUAGAGCAAUAUGGGAAUGCAUUGGCUAAAAAGGUGGAAAAUGAGAAACAUGAAGAUACGAAAGAUUUGCACUCUUACAUCCCGUGCAUAACUGCAGCUGAGUUAGAAAAGCAAUUUCAAAAUGUUUACACGCAUGCGAAGUUUAAAGAGUUUUUAAUUGUUCUUUGA